AUGGAUGUCGUGCUGAACAUCUGCCCGAUCUGCGCCGAGGACAAGAACCCAGCCAUGGCCAGGUUCGAGCACGUGCCAGGAUCCUGUAUCCCUUGCACCGUGCGUGUCUCGGAAGUGGCGUUAGUCCUGGCGUUGGUCUUGGUGCUGGUUCGCGAGAGCCGAGCCUCCUCAUGGGUUCAACCCAUCACAGCUGACAUCACGAACGCGUUGGACAACAUGACCGUGGAGUCGCUCCCGCACCCGAGCGUGAACAUGGUUACAUUCUCCGCCGUGUCGCAGAGGCCGGUCAGAGAGGUGGAGGAGAGGAUGCACACGCCCCUAGCCAGGAUCAUGUUCGAGAAGAUGGAGAGCGGGCUGUUCCCAGACGCCACCACGCCCGAGAUCAGGGAGGCGGAGUGCACCUGGUGGACGGGCUCGGUGAUGAACGCCAAGGCGAAGGUGAGGAAGCGUUCGAACAACGAGGCGGUGGUGAAGGUGACGAGGGGCAGGACGAGGAUAGUGCCCGUGUACAUCCUGGCGGUCUCGGACGGGUACGGCUUCGACGGCGCCAUCAAGAGCGUGAUGUAUGACGUGGAUAUGGUCGAGAUCAGGUCCACCAUGAUGAUCAGAAACACGACGACCCACGUCAUCGCGAGGAGGUACACCAACGACAUCGAGGAGUCGUACGCGGCCGAGUUCGAGAUCGAGGGCCGGGCGACCAACAGCAUCGUGAAGGCGAUUGUGUGCACGUGCAUGGGUAUCGUCGGCACAAUCUGGUCGAUGAGAGGGGCAGUCGACCCCGAGUUUAGGAGCGACAACAGGGCCGCCGACCACAUCGUGAUGGACGUCUCGAGCUUGAAGGGGUACAAGGGGGAGUACAUGGCCAAAGCCGACGGAAUGAAGGUGUACAUCCUAUACUAUACGUUUAGCACGGGCAUGCCCGAGUUGACCAUCAGGCCAGAUGUCGUGGUGGCGGAGAUGAUCGCGGACGGCUCUAUGGUAUACAUCGACACGCUAAGCAUGAACGGCAGCGCGAAGCUGUCCGUGGAUCUGAAGCGGCACAAGUGCGCGCUCACCACCAGGAGGCCGUACAUGAUCUGCAGGAAAGGUUUCCGGAGUCCACAUCAGGCGCCUGGUCGAGUCCUUUGCCACCAAAUCGAACAGCACGGCACCACCGCCACCAUGCUGCUGUUGUUGACCCUGUCUCGCGAAGGUGGCCCCGGUCGGCAAGGCGUUGGUGGCCGCGCUGAUGUUGGCGUUCUCGGGGGCGUUGGCGCCGGCGUUGCGGACAGCGUUCAUGUUGCCGAACAGAUUCCCGGCCAUGUUCGAGAACGGGAUGUAGAGCUCUUCGACGUACGGGGUCUUCCCCCGUGCUUGGUCAAGGUCCUGCUCUGCGGCCACUGUGCGGCUAGAUGCGGGUCCAUGGACGGGGACAUGGUCAAGUUGGGGAUGACGAACCUGAUGCCGGACAUGACGAGGCACCGGUUCCCGAUACACCACGACACCGAGGAUAACCCGGGGAAUAUCAUCACCUUUGUGUAA